CCCGUAAACAUUCCACAAAAUAAAUAGAUAACUAUCGUCGUCCGCUUAAAACCCUACCGCCCUCGAGUCCCUCUGGUCCUCAAAGUCAUAUCCCCGCCAUCAUGACUGCCGCCUCGAAGCUUCUUUGUCUGACCUCAUCGUUUUCCUCUGGGCUCGUCUGUCGGCUCAUUGCACCAUCUCUGCUCCUCCCGUCUCCUCUGCACCGCCGCGCCAACCUCUUUCUCCCCGUCCCGCAUCCCCUUCCCCCACGAGCUCAACUCCCCAUUCUUCGUACCUUCACCACCAGCUCCAUUGCGGAGUUCGGUCCAGACGCGCCUCCUUUGAACACCAAGGAACCUCCCUCAUCUUCCCAUCCGUGGCCUGAGUGGGAGAGAUUCAUCGACAAGUUGAGUGCAAAUGGUUACUUUGAGCCUUCCACCUCUGUGGUUCCAAGUGGAGACGUGGAUGGUUCCGCCGCCUAUGGGCCUGCGGAAAUGGAGGUCAACCGUGUUAAGAAUGCCUGCCUCAAGUUUGCUCGAGAACGAUUUGACAUUUUCAGCUCUCUUCUUAGAGAAGACAUUCUGGCUGUUGUUGAGCAUGGUUGUCCUAAUAUAUUUCGCAAAGCAGUCAGUUCAGCAAAAAGGUUAAGGGCAUAUCUGCAUCUUGAUGAAGGGGCUGUAUGUAGUGUUUGUGAUCUAAGAGGAUCAUGUGACAAAGCAUAUAUAAUACCGGUUGAUGGUGAAGGACCACGCUCUGUGGAUGUAGUUCGAAUUUUAUUAAGUUACGCAUUGAAUCCAAAGCAAUUUUGUGUGUCGGAAAGCUCGCAUGUCAAAGAGCACAUCCAAAAGUCUGCAAGAAGUCUACUCUUUGAGCCUAUUAAGCUCAGUGAUACACCCAUUGAUCCAUCUAUUACAAAACCAGUUGUGAAGCUUCCUACUCCAAAUGAAACAUUUCCAAAGCUCGAUGGCAACCAAAACAGAGCAUCCAACAUUGAAAUGAAGCGAGGUGACUGGUUAUGCCCAAAUUGCAAUUUUCUCAAUUUUGCUCAAAAUCUUCGCUGUUUGGAGUGCAAAGAAGAUGGGCCAAAGAGAGUUAACAGGGACUCUGGUAAUGAGAUGAAGAAGGGAGAUUGGACUUGCCCUAAGUGUGACUUUAUGAAUUUUGCGCGCAAUAGGAAGUGCCUUCGUUGUGAGGAACAACGCCCCAAAAGAGAGUUAAAUAAUGGCGAGUGGGAGUGUCCCUCUUGCAAUUUUCUCAAUUUUGCUCAAAAUCUUCGCUGUUUGGAGUGCAAAGAAGAUGGGCCAGAGAGAGUGAACAGGGACUCUAGUAAUGAGAUGAAGAAGGGAGAUUGGAAUUGCCCUAAGUGUGACUUUAUGAAUUUUGCUCGCAAUAAGAAGUGCUUUCGUUGUGAGGAACAACGCCCCAAAAGAGAGUUAAAUAAUGGCGAGUGGGAGUGCCCCUCAUGUUAUUACCUCAACUUCCGUCGAAAUGAGCUCUGCAAGAGGUGUAACCAUGAUCGUCCUGAAGAUGAAGGAUAUCUGUUUGAUGAUAACCUCUGGAGGUCACAGAUGAAGACAACUGAGGAUACCAUAAAAUUUGGAGACGAUGAUGAUGGUAUCCUGCCUCUAGUGGAAGAAAGCAACAUUGGAGUGAGAAGGGCAACGACAGCCCAGAGAAGAUUGACCUCUUCAAGGAACUAGAGUUACGAAUGGAUUGUCAUUCUAGAUGCCAAAGCCAUUAUAUCUUCCUGAUAUAUUUGGUAGUUUAAUCUGAAACCCAAACUAAGAGCUUUUAUCUGGUAAUCGCGUUCUUUUAAUAAAAUUCAUCGAUGAAAUGAUUUAUAUCAAGUAGAAUUAAAAAGGGUAAAAAUUAAAUUUUAGUCCAUUUAUGUUUUUGUUAGAUGGACAUUUCAUUUUUGAUUAAAGUCAAAUGGGCACUUCAUUUAAAAUGACCUUUAUAAAAUAUUCUUACAUUAUCUGAUAA